AUGGAUUCUUCUUCGCUCUCAAGCGCCAUCACCCUCACCGAGACCUUCUCCUUCUCCACAUCUACCCACUCUUACCAAAUCCGCUGGAAGUCUCUCGGCGAUGCCAAAUCCCCUCCACUAAUCUUCAUUCACGGGACCCCAUGGUCGUCACGAGUUUGGAACACCUACGCCCUAUCCUUCGCCAAGUACUUCCACGUUUAUCUCUUCGACAAUCCAGGCUUCGGCGAGAGUCCCCUUGGUCAACCCCUCCCCGAUAAAACAAAUCUCAUCGGCGAUAAGAUAGCACUAGACGCGGAUCUAUCCCAGCAGUCAGAAGUGUUUGCCGCGCUGUAUAAAUCCUGGCAAGCCAGCUGGCCCCCACGCCAACAAAAAGCGCAUGUAGUUGCGCACGACCACGGGGGCUUGAUGGCUUUAAGAGCAAAUUUACUCCAUGGUUGUGAAUAUACAAGCUUGUGCCUUAUUGAUGUUGUUGCGUUGGGACCGUUCGGGCAGCCGUUGUUCAAGUUAAUUGCGGAGAACCAGAGCGUGUUUGAAGCGUUGACGGGACCAGUGUUUGAAGGCGUUGUGGAGUCGUAUAUUCGUGACGCGGCGCAUCGGGAGCUGAGUAAGGAGGUUAUGGAAAUGUUGAAGAGACCGUGGAUUAAGAAUGAACAGGGAAGGAAGGGGUUUGUGAGACAAAUGGUGCAGGCGAAUAGUCGUAGUACGGAGGAAGUGGAAGGGAGGUAUCCUGAGAUCGGGAGAAAGAUGCCGGUAAGAAUUAUCUGGGGAAAGGAGGAUAAAUGGAUUCCUGUCGAGACGGCACAGAGAUUGAAAGACACGUUGAAUGCUGAGGAUAUCGUGUUGAUUGAGGAAGCUGGACAUCUGGUGAUGUAUGAUCAGGAAGGAAUAUUGGGGGUGGAGUUGGGCUGGUGGUUGAGUUUGUGUCUCGUCACUGAGACUGAUAAAAUACGACAGCUUGAGCAAAUGAGGGGCUAG